AUGUUUAGUUUUGGUGCCGGGAAUAAUACGUCUGGUGGAAGUAACACUUCUGGUGGUCUAUUCGGUAAUAAACCUGCCGGUAAUACGGGGUUCACAUUUGGUGGGGGAUCUAAUCAAGGUUCUCAACCUGGGGGGUUUGCGUUUGGUCAACCGAACACCAGCUCUGGUGCCAAUAACAAUGCAGUAGGUGGAACUAGUGGCGGUGGCGGAUUAUUUGGAAAUAAGCCUGCCGGUGGAGGAUUGUUUGGAGGUCAGAAUAACCAACAGAGUACUGGAGGCGGAUUGUUUGGAAGCCAGAGUAAUCAACAGAGCUCUGGCGGUGGAUUGUUUGGCGGUCAAAAUAAUCAACCAAGCGGUGGGGGAUUAUUCGGCAGCAAACCUGCAGGAAGCGGCGGACUAUUUGGUGGUCAGACCAAUCAGCAAGGUGGUGGGGGAUUAUUCGGUGGUCAGAACAAUCAGCAACAGCCUCAACAGCCAUCGCUAUUUGGUGCCUCUGCACAACAACCACAACCACAACAACCACAACCGCAACAGCCCCAAAACUCGUUAUUUGGAUCUGCCACUACACAACCUUCAUUUGCCUGGUCUCAACCUCAGAACAAUCAACCAAUGUUUCAACAACAACAACAACAGCAGCAGCAACAGCAACAACAGCAACAGCAACAGCAGCAACAACAACAAUUCCAGCAACAACAGCAGCAACAACUGCAAUUCCAACAACAACAUUCUAACUACCCGCAACAGGUGCAAGAACAAGUGGUUAAAUUGAAAGAUUCCUGGGAUCCAACUUCCAACAAGACCAAAUUAAAAACUUUUGUCUACAACAAAGCAAAAGAAACAGAUGCAAGACUAUACAACAAACCACCAGAUGUGACCCAAGACGAUUGGGAUCAUGCAAUGGAUAAUAAACCUUCUGCAGAUGUUAUUCCCGUGCAGCUGUAUGGAUUUGAAGGUCUUAACCAACGUAAUCAAUUGCAAAGAGAAAACGUUGCACAAGCUCGUGUCAUUUUAAACCAAAUAUUGGAAGAAUCAACACAACUACAACAGAAGCACGAAUUGGAUACAGCAGCAAGAAUUUUAAAAGCACAGACUAGAAAUGUUCAAAUUGAAAGAAGAAUAUUAAGAUUGGGAACACAACUAGCUAUCCUGAAGGGUAGGGGACUUCCGUUGAGUAUAACCGAGGAAAAAAUGUGGUCACAAUUCCAAUCGUUAUUACAACGUAGUAACAAUCCUGCUGGAUUAGGGAAGACAAACGAAUUAUGGGCAAGAUUGGCUGUACUUAAAGAAAGGGCUAAAAACAUUUCUGAUCAAUUAGAUAGUACAGUAGUGGUUAUCAAUGAGAAUGGUGGAGACAUUUCCACUAAUCGUGGCGGUGACAAGGAGAAAACUGCAAAGAGAUCAGAUGAAGAUUUGGAGAAUAGAAUUGACGUCAUUGCAGAGAUUUUGAGCAAUCAACAACGAGGCAUAUGUUAUUUAAACGAAGUUCUUGAAAAGGAUCAUUCUAAUUUGGAUAAAUUGACCAAAAAAUAA